AUGGGGUCCCCACCUAUUGUACAGCUGCAGCUGCUGUUACAGCAGCAGCAGCAGCAGCAGCUGCUGCUGCUGCUGCUGCAUCGAUGGUCCUUUGCUUUUCUCCUGCUUUCUUUUUCUCUCUCCCUCUUUGCGGCUCUUUUCUCUCUGAGGUCCCUCUUGUAUUUGUCGUUGUUCCCGAACGCUGCUGCUUCUGCUGCAGCAGCAGCAGCAGGGACUGUGGCCGAGGAAGACACUGCUGCUGCUGCUGCUGCUGCUGCUUUUUUUUGUGUGCAGUUGUGGGUCUGCUGCCAGAAGCUGCUGGCUCGAGCGGAGGCCCUUCAAGGAGACCGGAGCGGGGCCCUUGCGACUUUGUAUGUGCUGAGCAACUCUGCUGCUGCUGGUAGACAGCAGCAGCACCACCCGCAGCAGCAGCAGCAGCAGCAGCAGCAGCAGCAACAGCAGCAACAACAGCAGCAGUUCGACUGCCUUGAAGGCAUCGAGACAGAGGGCCCUGACGGCUGUCUCCGCCGCUUCAUCGCCUUAGCAGCAAGCAAGGAUGCUGCAGCAGAUGCAGCAGCAGCAGCUGCUGCUGCUGCUGCCCCCUGUUCGCGUAGCGACUCCUUCCCUCACCAGCAUCAUCAGCAGCAGCAUCAGCAGCAGCAGCAGCAGCAUGACGAUGGCGACGCGGAGAGCGGCCAGUGGAGCGCGCUGCAGGAGGAUGUAGGCUUGCCCCCGGGUUUACUAGAUAAGGUGUCGAGAGCGGCCAGUGGAGCGCGCUGCAGGAGGAUGUAG